CGUUGUUGACUCGGAACUUAGUAAGCUAAUAUUUUGACCAGCGUAGUGGGUAUCUGCUCCAUAUUAUCGUCACAACAAGCAAAAAGCGCCUUAUUUUCGUAUUACAUUGAACGAGUGAGGUUGUACCGGUUCUUGAAUACCCUCGUAAGCAUGGCUCUGCCCCUACCGGCGGUGAGAGGCGGCGUGGCCCCCUGGUUGGCGCUCUGCGUGGCGUGCGUGGCUGCGCUGGGGGCGGCGUGGAUGACGCAGCGGCGCAGGCGCCAGCAACCGCCCCGAAAGUGGAAGAGCGUGGGCAAGCUGUCCGCAAUCACCAUCUACCCGCUCAAGUCCGGCCGCGGCAUCAGCCUCAAGGAGGCCGACUGCACGGAGAGGGGGAUUGCCGAGCCGGCGUCCGCUCGCGACGGUGUCUUCAGGCUCAGGGACAGGACAUUAAUAGUAUAUGAUCCCAACAAUGGCAUGUUCAUUACUGGGCGGAAAAUACCUCGUAUUUUGCUUAUAGAAGUCAGAGCUGAUGGACCCAAUUCUGUGGUGUUUUCUACUCCAGAAGGAGAUACCUUGAAAGUUGAACUGCCACGGGACAAAAGUAAUCUGAAAGAAGUAACGAUGUGGAAACAAGAAAAACUGUGGACUGUUGAUUGUGGAGAUGAAGCUGCUGCAUGGUUUUCAAAUCAGCUUACCAAGAAGCCUUCAGGCCUGCGGCUUGGCUAUGACCUAGAUAACAAAGUUGGUCUCAGGACAGUGGAUGUUGGUCCUCUUGAAAUAUAUAGAAAAGUUUAUCCAAUGCUUACAUCCAAAGACAUGGGCAUGUAUACUGACUUUUCAAGCUACAUGCUGAUGACAGAAUCAUCAUUAGAGGAUCUGAGAGAAAAAGUCCCGGCAGAAGUGGCUCCCUCUUUGACAAUUCGCCAGUUCCGACCAACCUUCGUUGUCAGUGGCACAGCACCAUAUGAAGAAGACAACUUGGGAUGGAUACGAAUAGGUGAAAAUGUUAUUCUGAAAGAUGUGAAACCAUGUACCAGGUGUGUUAUGACAACUGUCCACCCAGACACAGUUAAGAAGUUUGAUGAUUUAGAGCCUUUGAGGACCUUGAGAAAGUAUCGUAAGGUGACCAAAAAGUCAGAACUGGCUAUUGAAGGGGAAGCACCAGUACUUGGUCGGUACUUGGGAUUGCACCAAGGUGGUUCUGUUAAAAUUGGUGAUGAGAUCUUUGUUCCUGCUUAAAGACAGAGAAAUUUCUGCUUGUUGUAGAGUAGAAUUAAAUAGCAAUACAUAGAAAUGAAACUGAUGGGAUGUUUGUAAGUUGCCAUAAAAAUAUUUGUGUACAAGGAAAUUGCACCUAUGAAGACUGGCACUGGUACAAUUUUAUGGAUAUUGUCAUAUUUUUAUAAGUUUGUGUUGGAUAGAAGUGAAUAUUCUUUAAACUGAAGAGUGCUUAAUUGAAGUCCAUUGUAUUAAAAGCAGUCCAGAAAUUAUCUGGCAGCUUGUACACAUUUUUAUAAAAGAGACUUUUUGAAAGUCUACAAAGAUUGUAACCUUGCAUUUACAAAAUAAAUAGACUAAAAAUCAUAUAAA